GUUCUUUCAGUAGUAUACAAGUUAGUUCGAUAUGACUUUCCCACUCUUACCUCUUGUGGACUCUGUCCAACCUGAGGAAAUCCAAAGACUUGCCGUAAUUGGUCAAGUUUUAAUUAAUUUUGAAAAUGUGAAGAUAUCCAAACAGUUUAUCCACCAAUUCCCUGGUCACAUUACAGUAAAUGUGGAUACUACAUCGGUAGACUCCAUAUCUGUUGACCAGAUUAUUGAAUUGUUGAACAAUGGUGUCAGUCAAGUAGUGGUUUCCGAGACCAAAUUGCAAGAAGUUAUCGGUGCCGGAUUACCUGCUGCUAGAUUUAUCAUUGCUGCUUCUUCAACUAACGACUUAAUUUCCAAAUAUCCUGAAUCUUCAGUAUUAGUAUCUGAAGUUGUUUCUGAUCUUAAGUCUUUAAGCCAAGAUGGUAACAGAACCGUUUAUAUUAAGGACAUUAAAGAUCUUGAUCAAAAUAAUGUUAACUCUCUUGUACAAAAAGGUUAUACUCCAGUGAUUUCUUCACAAACUUUACUGACUGAAGUUUCUCCAAAAACUGGUUUAAUUUCAAUUUCUGAUCUUUUCACAAGUACCCUUACCACUGAUCGUCCAGAUGGGUUAUUUACCACAUUGAUCACCACUCCAGCUCCUUCUUUCACUGCUUUGGGUGUUGUGUAUUCAUCUGUUGAUUCUAUCAAGGCAGCCAUUGCCAGUGGUGAAGGUGUAUAUCAAUCCCGUAAACGUCCUGAAGAAUUAUGGUAUAAAGGUAAAACUUCUGGUGCUACUCAAAAACUUGUUAAAUUAGAAAAGGAUUGUGAUUCUGAUCUUGUUAAAUUCAUUGUUGAACCUAGAACUGGUUUUGGAUUUUGCCACUUGGAUAAUAAUUUCACUUGUUUCAAUGAUGGACAAUUGAAGAAUAAGGGAGAAAGUUUUGGAACUGGUUUGAGCAAAUUAGAUUCAACCUUGUAUGAAAGAUCUCAAUCAGCCCCUGAAGGUUCAUACACUAAGAGAUUAUUUGAUGAUGAAAAGCUUUUAAUUGCCAAAUUGAAAGAAGAAUUGGACGAAUUGAUCGAGGCUGGCCAAAACCUGGCAAAGGAUAACUCUGAGGUAGCUUGGGAAGCUGCUGACUUAUUAUACUUUGCAAUGGUUUGGUGUAUAAAGCAUGGAGUAAGAUUAUCUGAUAUUGAAAAGAACUUGGAUAUCAAGAGUAACAAGGUAACUAGACGUAAAGGUGACGCCAAGCCACAAUACGUUGAAAAGAAGGAAGAAGUAGCCCCAGCUAAGGAAAUCGUUCCUGAUUACAAGAUGGAAGUUAUUCGUGUUGAUAAGUCUGCUCAAGGUGAAGCAAACAUCAAAAAGGCUUUGACUAGACCAGUUCAAAAAACUUCAGAUAUCAUGAAAUUGGUAUUGCCAAUUAUUGAAAAAGUAAAGAAGGAAGGUGAUCUGGCCUUAGUUGAACUUACUGCCAAAUUCGAUGGUGUCACUUUGGAAACCCCUAUUUUGGAAGCUCCAUUCCCACAAGAGUGGAUGAACAUUAGUGAAGAAAUGAAGGAAGCUAUUGAUUUAUCCAUGUCGAAUAUUGAGAAAUUCCACAGAGCUCAACAACCUGCAGAAGAAGUUAUGACUGUAGAGACAUCACCAGGUGUAUUCUGCUCUAGAUUUGCGAAGGCGAUUGAAAAUGUUGGUUUGUACGUUCCAGGUGGUACUGCUGUUUUACCAUCUACUGCUAUGAUGUUGGGUGUUCCAGCAAAGGUUGCCGGAUGUUCUAACAUUAUCCUUGCUUCUCCACCUGCCAGAAGCACCGGUCGCUUAACCCCAGAAGUUGUAUAUGUUGCUCAUAAGUUGGGUGCCAAGUGUAUUGUGAUGGCUGGUGGUGCUCAAGCUGUUACUGCCAUGGCUUAUGGUACUGAGAGUAUUCUCAAGUGUGAUAAAAUCUUAGGUCCUGGUAAUCAGUUUGUCACUGCCGCCAAGAUGUACGUCCAAAAUGAUACACAAGCAUUGUGUUCUAUUGAUAUGCCUGCUGGUCCUUCUGAAGUCUUGGUUAUUGCUGAUGGUAAUGCUGAUGCUGACUUUGUUGCUAGUGACUUGUUAUCUCAAGCAGAACAUGGUGUUGAUUCCCAAGUUAUCUUGAUUGGUGUUGCUUUAACAGAUGAAAAGUUGGCAGAAAUUGAAGAAGCUGUUAAGAGACAAGCUGAAGUACUUCCAAGAAAGGAUAUCGUUGCCAAAUGUUUGGCUCAUUCAUUCACAUUACUUGUUGAAACUUAUGAAGAAGCCUUUGAUAUGUCUAACCGUUAUGCUCCAGAGCAUUUGAUUUUACAAAUCGAUAACGCACCAUCAUAUGUUCCUAGUCAAAUCGAAAAUGCUGGUUCCGUCUUCGUUGGUGGAUUAUCCCCAGAAUCUUGUGGUGAUUACUCAAGUGGUACUAACCACACUUUACCAACUUAUGGUUACGCCAGACAAUACUCUGGAGUGAAUUUGGCUACAUUCCAAAAAUUCAUUACAAGUCAAGAGGUUACCAAGGAAGGUUUGGGAAGCAUUGGUCGUGCGGUCAUGACCCUUGCUGCAGUUGAAGGUUUAGAAGCUCACAGAAAUGCCGUUCAAGUAAGAAUGGAAAAAUUAGGAUUGCUUUAAACGUAAAUAUUAUCUAUAGAGAAUUAAAUAAUUAUCAGAACUACUAGUCUAUGUAACCU